AUUAAAAAUACGAUACAGCAUGUGUAAGGAUCACAGCAGACACAUGAAGCAUCCUGCCACCACCAUGCUUCACAGUGAGAAUGAUGUGUUCAUGAUGAUGUGCAGCGCUUGGCUGCAUUUCGGCUGAUAAUGUUUGACAUGUAACUGUUGGUCACACUUAAGUCACUAAUGGCUUCACAGUUAAUCACAAACACAUGAUAGACAUGCUGGAGGUAUUCAUUAAAAGUACCUACAAUGGUGUAAAAUACUUUAUUACAGUUACCGCAUCUGUAGUGCCUGUAUAAAGUUUUCUCCUUUAAUUGUUUUUAAACAUGGAAUUAUGGUCAGUUUAAUUUGCCUUUGUUGACAAGAGUUUACCAAAAGACUCAUUCGCAUAAAUGUAAAAUAUAAAGUCAGACUCAUCUAAUCGAACACAGGUUUAGUAUAAAGACUCCUGUAUCUGGAAGGUCCAGUCACUGGUGGAUCAGUACUUCUGGAUAGAAUUACACCAUGAAAACUAAAGAACAUUCCAAGAAACUCUGAGAAAACGUUGUUGGAAAGCAUCAGUUGAAGAUGAUACAAGAACAUUUUCAAGUUACUGAAUAUCUUUUAGAGUCCAGUUUAAUCCAUCAUUAAGAAAUGGAAGGAAUAUGGAACAUGAGUAAAUCUGAUUAGAGCAGGACGUCCUCAAAAACUGAGAGACUGAGCAAGAAAGACACUAGUGAGGGAGGCCACCAAGACACCUAUGACUCCUCUGAAGGAGUUCCAACUGUUGUCUGUUCUUCACCAGUCAAAGCUUUAUGGGAGACAGAGAAAGACUUUUGGAAAAAGUUCAUAUUAAAUCUGGACUAGAGUUCACCAGAAGACAUGUGGAGACUGAAGUCAACUGGAAGAAGGUUCUAUGAGGAGACCAAUCAUGAUGUGAAGCACAGUGGUGGCGGCAUUAUUAUGUGGUCAUAGAACUCAAUCGAAAGAGACUAAAAACAAUGAGAUACAAAAAGACCACAAAGAUUUAGUGCCUCUUUGUGGUCAUUUUGUGUUCCUGCAGUUCCUUUUUUUCUAAUUUUGUGUUCCUGCAGUUUAAUUAGAAUGAAUGAAUUGAUUUUUACUUUUUAUUCUGUCACCUGCCUUUUGUUUUAUUAAUUCUUUUUAAUUUAUUUUGGUUAAAUCUGUUAUUUUUUUCCAGAGGUAUUUUAUUGUGAAUAUGCUGACAGGAUGCUGUUGUGUGUCUGUGCAGCUUGACGCCGCUGUGUGUGCAGAAGGGGGGUGACUGUGCACAUCCACCGCUCACAUCUCCAAGAAUGCAGCAGGCAGCAGCAGCAUCAUCCGCCUGGUCGCAGCAGCAGCAGCAGCAGCAGCAGCAGCAGCAGCAGCAGCAGACAGCCUCCCUGCAGUCGGGCCCGUCCACCUGAGCCAGCGGCAUCAUGGGAAGCUCCUCCUCCUCCCUUGUAGACGAAGCGGAGGGUGAAGCGGCUCCGCGAGGCGCCGCCCUGCCUCCGUCCCCCGUCAUGGGCUGUUUAAGGAGCAGCCAGAGCAGCUUCCUGCCCCGGCAGCUUCCCCGACCAGGCCGACACCGAGAGAGGAGUUUCUCGUCGGGUUCGAUGCCCUUCCAGAGGACUCAGUGGGCCUGUGGCUGCUGUACCUUCCUGAACGCCGCCGGCGCCCCCCGAUGUUCCAUCUGUGAGGCCCCUCGCCGAGCACCCGACGCCCGCUGGAUGUGGCCCGGCAGGGAGGACGCCGGCUGGUCCUGUCCCCGCUGCACGCUGGCCAACUCCCCCGGCAGCUCGGCCUGUUCGCUGUGCGGCUACACCGGACCUCCUGAAGCCCAGCCCAGACCUCAGCGCUCCAGCAGCUGCUCGGGGCCCCUGAGGGCCUCGUCCUCGGAGCCCUGCAGGAGGCCGAAAGACAGAACCAGCCUGUCCUGGGACUGUCUGAGGUGCACGCUCCAGAACACUCCCACCUCCAUGUCUUGCUCGGCCUGCGGCGGACCUCGAAAGCUGUCGCUGCCGCAGAUCCCGGCCGAGGCCCUCAGGGGCCCCGAAGCCAGCGACGGACCUGGAGCCACUCAGCCGGAACCUGCAGCUCUGUCGCUGUCCAUCUCCACCCGAGGAGAGUGUUUACCGGUGGAGGCUUCGUAUUCGACCUCAGCCUCCUCAGCGCUCAGCGGACCUCCGGCCCACAACAACCCGGUUCCCUGCAGCCGUAGAGAGGUUCCUCCUCCGGACCUCAGCCAGCCUCUCAGCAUCAGUCCGUCUCCUUCCACUCUCGCCGUCUCCAAUCCGUCCAGCCAGCCGGAGCUGCUGACCAGCAGGAGGCUCAGCAUCCUGAAGGAGGAGAUGUCUCCGCUGUCUCCUGCCGCCGACGCCUCGCUGCUGUUUCCGGCGGUGAGGACGGAGGAGUGGUCGUGUCCGGCCUGCACCCUCAUCAACCAGGUCAAAGCCCAGCACUGCCUGGCCUGUCACACGCCUCAGCAGCUGAGACCGGCGGCGUCACCGAGGAGGAAGGAGAGCCGGCUGGUGGAGGCGCUGCGACAGAGCGACGAAGGAGAAGCUAAAGAGCUGUGGGAGAACAUCGUCAGCUUCUGCAGAGAGAACUCGGUGACGUUUGUGGACGACAGUUUCCCGCCAGGUCCGAAGUCGGUGGGUUUCCCGUUGGACGACAGCGUCCAGCAUCGGGUCAGGAAGUGGCUUCGACCCCAAGAGAUCAGCUGCGCUAACUUCAGGGACCGAGGAGUGAAGUGGUCGGUGUUCAGGACGCUGCGACCAUCCGACAUCCUGCAGGGGCUUCUGGGUAACUGCUGGUUCCUCAGUGCCCUGGCGGUUCUGGCUGAGCGGCCCGAGCUGGUGGAGAAGGUGAUGGUGACCCGGUCGCUGUGUGCUGAAGGAGCCUAUCAGGUCCGACUCUGCAAAGAUGGUUCCUGGACGACGGUUCUGGUGGACGACAUGCUGCCCUGCGAUGAGAACGGACACCUGCUGUUCUCUCAGGCCCAGAGGAAGCAGCUCUGGGUGGCUCUGAUUGAAAAAGCUCUAGCGAAGCUCCACGGUUCCUACUUCGCCCUGCAGGCGGGUCGGGCCAUUGAGGGUCUGUCCACGCUGACCGGGGCCCCCUGCGAGUCUCUGGCCUUGCAGAUCAGCACCACCAACCCCAAAGAAGAACCCAUCGACACCGACCUCAUCUGGGCCAAGAUGCUGAGCUCCAAGGAGGCCGGCUUCCUGAUGGGGGCGUCCUGUGGAGGAGGGAACAUGAAGGUGGACGACAGCGAGUACGAGUCUUUGGGUUUACGUCCUCGACAUGCGUACUCGGUUCUCGAUGUUCGGGAUGUGGACGGACACAGACUGCUGCAGCUGAGGAACCCAUGGGGUCGGUUCUCUUGGACCGGAGCCUGGGCCGACGACUGGCCCAACUGGUCUCCACACCUGAAGAAGGAACUGUGCGCCCAGCGAGCCGAGGACGGCCUGUUCUGGAUGGACUUCUGGGAUUUCAUCAGGUACUUUGACUCGGUGGAUAUCUGUAAGAUUCACUCAGACUGGCAGGAGGUUCGGGUUCCCGGUGUUUUUCCUCGAGGAGCUGACGUUCCGGUGUCGGUGGUGUCCAUCACAGUGCUGGAGAGGACGGCUGUGGAGCUGGCUUUAUUCCAGCAGGGCAGCAGGCGCUGGGACACGGCCGACAGCCACCUCCUGGAUCUCUGUGUUCUGCUGUUCCGGGUCGCCUACGACAGCUCCGGUGCUCUGACUCUGGGCCGCCUGCUGGCUCACAGCCGCCGCUCGGUCCGGAGGUUCGUGGGCUGCGACGUGAUGCUGGAGCCGGGAGAAUACGCCGUGAUGUGCUGCGCGUUCAACCACUGGCACGGUUUGGUCUCCGAGGGCAACGCGGUCGGCGGCAGGUCGGAGGCGUCUGGUCACAUGUUGGCAGUUUACAGCUCCAGACUGGUGAUGGUGGAGCAGGUGACGGCGGUCAACACAACCAUCGCCGACGGCAUCAUCGAGCUGGCAGAAACCAAAGGAGAGCGACACGAGGGUCGGGAAGGGAUGACCUGUUACUACCUGACCCACGGGUGGGCGGGGCUUAUCGUCAUGGUGGAGAACCGACAUCCUCGACAUCACCUGCACGUUUCCUGCGACUGCAGCGACAGUUUCAACGUGGUGUCGACUCGCAGCAGCCUGAAGACCAUUGACAGCAUCCCUCCUCUGCACAGACAGGUGUUGGUGGUUUUAUCUCAGCUGGAGGGAAACGCCGGAUUCUCCAUCACUCACCGACUCGCCCACAGGAAAGCUGUUCAGGCGUCGCUGGGAAACUGGAGUCCAUCGAAGGCGACGCACAGCCCGAGUCUGAGCCCCGAGACGGCAGGACUGCACCAGCCGAGACCUCUAUGACCCCGACUGGAGGCCAGAACCAGACCAGAACCAGACCAGAACCAGAACAGAACCAGUCGGAGGUAGUGGGAGGCCAGAACUAAACCAGAACCAGUCAGAUGAACCAGGAGGAAGCCACUGACUGGACUGUUUCCUCCAGGCAGCUUCUUUAACGGACCAGUCCCAGUUUGAGCUGCUGGUUUAUGGACAACAGGAAUAUUUCUCAUAAGUUCUGGACGGUUUCUGCAGAAGCAACGAAUGUUUAGUGAUUCCUCCAAGCUGCUCGAUGGCAGAAAUAAAAUAAUCUCACUGAUCGAGAUUCCCCAGAUUCCCACACAAGGAUUAAAUCUAGUUGUAGAAAUUCAGUAAAACUUUCUGUUAAUAAUAGUGGAAUACACUGUAAACCUAAAUUCUGUAGAAGAGCAGCAUGAGUGCCAAAAAAUACACUAAAAAAUUGGGAAAAAAAGAGAGAAAACAAUGACAAAUAUCUGUAACAUUACAUUUUUAACAUAUUUAACUACAGUAAAACGGUGUAAUUUCAUGGCAAAAACUGUAAAUUUGCUAGAAAAACACAAUUUUAAUCAAAUGUUUACACAACAGACUAUUUAUUUAAGGCUUGAACUGGUUUUAAGUUUCAAAGAACUAAUGAUAAAAUGUAAAUCAGCUAAAAUUCAUAACAAUAAAACUUCUCACACAACAUUUUUAUUGAUUUUCAGUCUGAUUUAAAUCAAAGCAACAACUUAUAUUUUACUGUGUUUAACUAAAACUGUGGAGCCAAAUAUGUUUAAUCUGUCAACAACUAAAAUACAAAAAAGAGCUAAUUUAUUAUUUAGUAUUUUUAAUGUUUUGUAUACAGUGUGUUUUCUGUAGAUUUUAUUGUUCAUGGAAAGUUUAAUUUUUAAAAAACUAAUUUUAACUCAUUUCUAUCUAUAGUUUUAAAGGCAGAUUAAACUUAAAUUAUCUGAACUGCAACAUAAGAUUACAAUUUAAGAUUUACUUUAUUAACUCACAGAACUUUAACUGCCAACAUCCUCAACAUAAUCCACCAAAUCAACUUAAAAAUGCAAAACAGUGAAACAGGACCAACAACACAAAAUAAGUACAAAAAUAUAAAAUUCAGAUAAAUCAUGCUGCAGACUGACAGUUUUAGUUGCUGCCGGUAAAAAAAAAAUAGAUUAUAUUUUCAACCUCUUAAACUAUCGGCCAAUUAAAAAAAACAAAACAAAAGAUAAACAAAACGAAGUAAAUUAAAAAUUGUAGAAGAAAAUGCAAUAAAUUAAUUCUAAUUUAAUAAGCAGAUAAGCAAAAAUAAUUUAAAAAUAAAACAAUAAGUAAACUGAAAAUAAAAGACAAAUAUCAAAUAAAUUAAUUUGGGAAACAAUUAUUAAUUAAAACUUAAAACAAACAAAUAAAUAAUAAUAAAUAAGUAAAUAAUCAACAAGAGUGUUAAAAAUAAAAAACUGGAAAUAAAAGAAAGAAAUCAAAUAAAUUAAUUUGAUAAAUAAUCAUUGUCAAUUAAGAAAUAAAAUAUAUUAAUUAAAAUGAGUAAAUAACCAAAAAAAGAUACAAAUACAAAUAAGUAAAUUAAAAAUAAUUCAGCAUUAAAUCAAAUAUAAUAAUUGAAGAAAUAAUUACCAUCAGUUUUUUGUAAACAAUAAAUAUUAACUGUUUUAUUUUAGCUAAAAGUAUUUUUUAAAAGCUGUUUAACUGGGAGCUUCUGCUUUAAGACGACAAUCGGGAUUAUUUAUUUCUGUCUUCGGAGCAGUUUUGUCUCCAGAUGAUCCAGAAGCUACACGUUCGUCCACGUUUUAGAAAAUGUUAGAAAACACAUGAUGCACUUUAUCUCUCACGUCACAGGGUGGUUUUCAGGUCCAAGCGUCUUAUUUGCACUGUUGGUAGAAGAGUAGAAGCUAAAACCAUCUGGAAUAAUAAAUAAAGUGUGUUAGAGUUUCCGUGGAGACCAGCUGUGUGGCAGCGUUAGCACUUUAUCAACUUUAUACACUAUGCUGGAUUCUGUUUUAUUUUCACGGUUUUUAAGCGCAGAAAAACAAAAAAAAAAAAAAGUUUUAUUCUCCUGAAUCCAAAA